AGACUAUAAGAAGUCUGGGUUGGGCAGAAGGCAGAAAACCAGCAGUUGCAGAGGAGAUGGCCAGCUGCUUCAAAGUCAUCUGGAACCAGAGAUUCCAGCAAGUCAUCAUUGGAGCUACCCAACUCCUUUGCUUCAGUGUCCUGAUCUCUGAACUAACAAAUCAGAAAGAAGUGGAAGCGUGGACUUAUCAUUACAGUACAAAAGCAUACUCAUGGAAUUUUUCCAGGCUAUUCUGCAAGAAGGAAUACACAGAUUUAGUGGCCAUCCAGAAUAAAAAUGAAAUAGCCUACCUCAAUGACGUCAUCCCCUACUACAGCUCUUAUUACUGGAUUGGGAUCCGAAAGAUCAAUAAUAAGUGGACCUGGGUGGGAACCAAUAAGACUCUCACCCCAGAGGCGGAGAACUGGGCCGACAAUGAGCCCAACAACAAGAAAAACAACCAAGACUGCGUGGAGAUCUACAUUAAGAGUGAGUCAGCCCCCGGCAAGUGGAAUGAUGAGCCCUGCUGGAAAAGAAAGCUGGCACUGUGCUACAAAGCCUCCUGCCAGGACACAUCCUGCAGCAACCAAGGGGAGUGCAUCGAGACCAUCGGGAACCACACCUGCUCCUGCUACCCUGGCUUCUACGGGCCAGAAUGUGAAUAUGUCAGAGAGUGUGGAGAAUUUGACCUCCCACCACACGUCCUUGUGAACUGCAGCCACCCCCUGGGAAGCUUCUCUUUCAACUCAUGGUGCAGUUUCCACUGCCCGGAAGGGUACCAACGGAACGGGCCCAGCGAGCUGGGCUGCUUGGCUUCUGGACUCUGGACGAAUAAGCCUCCGCAGUGUGUAGCUGUGCAGUGCUCUCCCCUCAAGACUCCUGAACAAGGAAGCAUGACCUGUCUUCACUCUGCAGAAGCAUUUCAGUACCAGUCCAGCUGUAGCUUCAAUUGUAAAGAAGGAUUUGCAUUAGUCGGGCCAGAGAUGGUGCAAUGCACAGCCUCAGGGGUGUGGACAGCCCAAGCGCCAGUGUGCAAAGCUGUGCAGUGUCAGCCCCUGGAAGCUCCCAGACAAGGAACCAUGGACUGUGUUCACCCAUUGGCUGCCUUUGCAUAUGGCUCCAGCUGUAAAUUUCAGUGCCAGCCUGGCUACUGGGUGAGCGGUUCAGACACAGUCCACUGCAUCGGCUCUGGCCAGUGGACUGCGCCCCUGCCAGCCUGUGAGGCAGUUUCGUGUGAGCCCCUGGGGAGGCCCGUGCACGGAAGCAUGGAUUGCUCACCAUCCUCGGGAGAAUCCCGGCACAACACCCGCUGCAGCUUCCACUGUGCUGAGGGUUUCGCGCUGAGGGGAGCUGACGUGGUGCAGUGCUCUGACUCGGGACAGUGGACAGCGCCAGCCCCCGUUUGUCAAGCUUUGCAGUGCCAAGAUCUUCCGGUUCCAAGCAAGGCUCAGAUGAACUGCUCCCAUCCCUUCGGUGCCUUUCGGUACCAGUCAGCCUGCGGCUUCACCUGUGACGAAGGCUGGCACCUGGUGGGUGAAAGUGUGCUACAGUGCUUGGCUUCUGGAACCUGGAGUGCUGUUCCUCCAGAAUGCCAAGCCAUCAGCUGCCCAUUGUUGCUAAGUCCUCAGAAUGGGACAGUGACCUGUGUCCAACCUCUUGGAGCUUCCAGUUAUAAAUCUACAUGCCAAUUCACCUGUGAUGAGGGAUUUUCUUUAUCUGGACCACAAAGACUGGAUUGUACUCCAUCUGGACACUGGACAGCCUUGGCACCGAAAUGUGAAGCUAUCAAGUGCCCAGAACUCUUUGCCCCAGAGCAGGGCAGCCUGAAUUGUUCUGACACACAAGGAGAAUUCGAAGUUGGCUCCACCUGCCAUUUCUCUUGUAACAAGGGCUUUAAGCUGGAAGGUUAUAACAAUCUGGAAUGCACUACUUCUGGAAGAUGGUCAGCACCUCUGCCAACCUGCAAAGGUGUAGCAUCAGUUCCCGCUCGGGAGGUUCAAUGCCCAGCCCUCAUCAGUCCCGAGCAGGGAACCAUGUCCUGCAGGCAUCAUCUGCAAACCUUUGGUUUGAAUAGCACCUGUCACUUUGGAUGCAAAGCUGGCUUCACCCUGGUGGGAGACAGCACUCUGAGCUGCAGACCUUCAGGACAAUGGACAGCAGUAACUCCAGCGUGCAGAGCUGUCAAAUGCUCAGAACUGCACAUUACUAAGCCAGUAAUGAUGAAUUGCUCCAACCUCUGGGGUGAUUUCAGCUAUGGAGCAACCUGCACCUUCCAUUGUCCAGAGGGUCAGUUACUUAAUGGCUCAGCAAGAACAGCAUGCCAAGGGAAUGGCCUUUGGUCGACUACCGUGCCAACCUGCCAAGCAGGACCACUGACUGUCCAGCAAGCCCUGACUUACUUCGGUGGGGCUGUGGCCUCUGCCACAGGUCUGGCAAUAGGAGGGACACUCCUGGCUCUGCUAAGAAAGCGUUUCAAACAAAAAGAUGAUGGGAAAUGCCCCUUGAAUCCUCAAAGCCACCUAGGAACAUACGGAGUUUUUACAAAUGCUGCAUUUGACCCGAGCAGUUAGGAGAUCUGUCCUUCUCUUGGUCACCUCAUUCAAGCUCCACAGAAUCUUGUUUGUAAACAUUAAGCCUCCUGCUAGUCUUGACUCAACUGCAGUACGUUGGCUGAAGUUUUCAAUAAAUACUUGUGAAUAAAAGACAUGGAAUUUCCUUAGAUUAGCCCUGGACCAGAGCAGGAUUGUCCCACAAUCCCAAACUCUCCACCCACCACCCCUUCCUGCUCCACCUCUCUUUUUCCUCCAGUGCAAGCCACAGAGGCCAGGAGCCAAUGUUUCUGCAGUGGUCUGUGGGUUUCCACUUGGCUGUCACUUGAAAAUAACAGUUAGCCAAAGAGACUAGAGCAUCUGACUCACAAGAAGACCAGACUGUGGAGAAAUAAAAAUGCCUCUUUAUUUUUGUAUUGAAAGAAGGUUUUCUCUACUGUGUCAGAAGAUGGAUGACAGCUCUUACUUGAGAGAAUUCCUACAGAAACUUUGGGGUUUCCAGUGGUUGCUGGUUGCUGUUUACAAGGCUUCCAGAGAGGCCUCUGAAUGACACCAGAAGACCAAGAAUCAAGACAGGAGGCCAUGUCACUGCAGACCUUCCUGUCACCAGUCAGGCUCCCUCAAAGGACCCAAAGACCAAUAUUCAAAAUGUGUAAUUAAAAAGA